GACCCUACCUGCCCCAUCUGUGCCGUCGACGUGGGCACCAGGUCUCCGGAGGGCAUCAAGGAGGGCUACGCGGUCACACCCUGCGGGCACGUCUUCGGCAGCGUGUGUAUCAAGAGGUACCUCGCCAUCACCGACAAGCCCAUGUGCCCCGUCUGCCGGGCCGACUUGUUCCACGCCUGCCAGCACCCAGUGCUGCCCUCGCUCUACGACCCCAAGAAGUCCCGACUGAGCCGUGACGAGGCCGCCGCCAAGGCCUUUCCCGACGAGCCCCGAUACUCCGACUGCAGCUUCUGCCGGCACCGCAAGAUCAAGUACGCGAGGCGCAUGCGUAGGCAGGAGGUC